UGUUUUGUUGCUAAAUUUCUCUCUUCUUGUUUAUUCUCGCAUUAAACAAUAAAAGCUCGACAACAAAAGAGUUAAACAAGUGGAAUUUUUGACUAUUGAAUAUAGUUAACACAAAAGAACAAUGCCCACUCUGCGAAGAAGGCGAACAGCUGAUGCCUGAUAAGACUCAGAUGGGGUGACGGAAAACAACCCCUUUAAGGAAAAGGGCGAAAGCCUGGCAGUUACGUUUUGCAUGCGCUGCGAUAAAGUUUAAUCACGGUCUCAACUGGAAACCAAUACCGGAACAAUAAUAACAGAUGCUGCGCUAUAGACACCACUAGCUGCUGCUCACCCUCACCGUCUCCUCCCGCAUUCGCCGUUGCCAUGACCGGAGCGUUGUGAAAUUCUUGCUAUUCGUCAUCGUAGUUGUCGCCGUUGUGGAAAUCCCCCAUUAGGAUGGCCCUCGCAAGUGCUGCGGCAGCCCUGCUCAAGGGCUCCCAGACGCCGUUGCAGCAGCUCCUGGAGGACAUCAACUUCCAGCGCACCAAGGAGAUGCGGCAGCUGCUCAAGGAUGAUGGUGGCUUUGUGGUACUCCAGGGCACUACCUAUUGGACCGACCUGUUUGUGCGCCACUUUCUCUUCCAGACGGAACCCGUGCACAGCAUUGAUUCGGACGACCUGCUCUUUUUUGUUCGCAAGAAGCACGUAAAGAGCUCCUCGCGUCACAUGCCAAAAUUUGAGACUGAAGUGGAGGUAUUCCGCAAGGACUCGCGCAAACUACCCAUCGGCGAUCCCGAUGUGGACUGGGAGGAGACAGUGUAUUUAAAUAUGGUUAUACACCAGUUCGACUACACCCUGACUCUGGCCAUUUGUACAAGGACAUCACCAAAGGAGCUGCAGGUGCUGAGGAGGCAUUCCCAGCGGGUGUAUGCCAGUCCCAGUCGCCGAAAGAUGGACACCAAGGGCGAGGGCGAGGAGAUUACGUAUCCGCACAUCUGCUUCAUGGUGGACAACUUUGAUGAGGUGUUCAGCGACAUUCUGGUGCGUGACGGGGAGAUGGUGUGCGUGGAGCUGGUGGCCAAUGAUAAGGAUGGAGCGGUGCAGGGAGUGAUUUUCCUAGGAUCCAUACGCUAUGAUGCCUUGAAGAAGGUCUACGAUGCCAGGCAAUCCAGCCUCAGCUCCAAGGUGGCGCAACGCAUGUCCUUCGGGCUUUUCAGUAGUGGCGCCGGCGUUCAAACCCGCUGUGAAUUUGUCCGAAUGAAGGGGCCGCAGGGCAAGGGCCAUGCCGAGAUGGCGGUGACAAAGCCAAAGGGUUCUGGUGUGGAGACGCCCACCAGCGAGCCUGGCUUCUGCGCCACGGACAUGUGGGACGAAUGGGAGGAGGAGAACGACGACUAUUGCACGUAUCGGCAUCAACGACGCCUCAGCGAUCCCAGCGCCAAUCUCAAUAACUUCUCGCGCUACGGCUGGCGCACAAAGAACUUGUCGAACAACCAGGACAUGGUCGGCAGCGGCACCAGUCCCAGUGUGGGGGCCAAGGCGCGAUCGGAAAACGAGGGCCUGGACUCACUCGCCAGCGAGGUGUCCGAAAUCGAGGCCGGGGAUCUGCGCGACGAUCAGCAGCGUCCUGCUUUCUCGGCCUCUGCGGCAAAACUGCACCCAAAUCCGAACUGUGAGACUCACAAACUCGCGACUGGUGGUGACCAAACCGAACAGGGGCCCCAAGAAUCAUCCACAGCUCCACAGUCGGCAGCUGCUGCUGCUGCGGUACCGGCUGUGACUCCGCCACCCUUAAGCGCCGCCGUGGAGGUCACAGUGUCCGGUGAGAAAUCAAGCAAUGGAACAGGACAGAGCUCCACCACUACAGGUUGCAAUUGCUUUGGUGGCAAGAAGUGCAAAAAGCGCUGGCCGGCGGAUAAGAACACGGACACCCCGGAAAUGUCCGAGAUUUACUGCCCCAGCUGCGAGGAUCCGUCCAAUGAAUCCCCUGCCUGCCUGGCCAAGAUGCCCGACAAGCGGCCCACGCGCCUCAAGCCCAAGCCCAGCAUCCUGAGCGUGGAGAGCGAGGUGCUGGUGGUGGGUAAACGAAACAGUUUUAGGCUUCCAUCCGAGGCCAAGCGCAAGCAGCAGGCCAGCGGCAGUAUCACCAGGAGCGCCUCGCUGAGUGCCGCUGAUCGCAGGACCAGCCUCCCGGUGGCCACCAAGAAGAUCAUACCCCCAAGACUGCGCAUGGCCAAGGCCAAGGAUCAGGAGAAGGAUAAGGAUAAGAACAAGGAGAAUGACAAGAAGUCUUCAAACCAAAAAGUCAAUGGCACAGCGGGCAACUUUCUGUCCAAGAUGUCGCCAAAACGCCUCAGAGGUGCAAAGGAUAAGGACAAGGACAAAGACAAAGACAAGGAAAGUGACAAGGACAAGAGCAAAUCAGUGAAUGCUGUAACCAAAAAUAAAGGCGCCAACAAUAAUAAUCCAAAGGCAGAAAGCUCCAAAAGCGAAGAGUACGAAAUAGCCGAUGACGCCACUUCCCUGAAUGGUGACUCCGAUGGAGCUGGUGCAAUGGCCAAGAUGGCUAUACUAAGCGAGAGCGACAGCAAGCUUAUGAUCAGUGUCCGAGGUCGUGAGGAGCUGCCUGUGGUGGAAUCUCCAAAGACGCCAACCAACCGCUUCGAGAAAUGUGUUCGUGUGCCUGUCGAAGCGGAGAGUCACCCCUUGCAACCGAACGAGAAUAAUGAGAACGAAGAUGAAGACAAGGUGAUCUCACCAACGGACGUGGCCAAUGGCAACCAGGAGGCCAGCAGUGCCACGCUUCCGCGGACAGCCAAGCAGGCCCAUGUGAGCAAGAUGUUGCACUUGGUUCCCAAGCGGCGCACUCCCGAUGGCACCAACAUAUACUAUUGGUGCGAUGUGCCCAAGAAGGCGCUAAAAGAACUCGACGAUGGCGCUUAUAAUCCUCUGUGGACCAGUCGAGGCUUUACGCAGUCCUUCCAUUUCUGGAAAGAGAAUCGAAGGCAGCAGUCCACGCCGCUCAACGCAUUUCUUACCUAUGUGACACUGCCCUGGUGGAGCAUUGCCAAGGAUCUGUUGGAUCACCGGGAAACACCUAUUCUGACCUUUUAGUAUUAACUUAAUUUGCGAUUGUGAUUUACGUGCGCCCUCUAUAUGCUUUAUAGCUCCUUACACAUGGCAGUGCUCCUAUUAACCGAUCGAAUGCCAUGAGGAUCAGUCUCAGUUCAAUUUAUCAGUAUGUACUUGCGUUAAGUUUCCUAAGCAGCAGAGCCAACCUACAAAUCUAUGAUCUACGAAUUACGAUAGUGAACACUGUUACCGACGAUGAUGUGAAAUUGAAUAUAUAUAUAAUUGUAAUAUUAUUUGUAAAUUGUACCGCAACAUUUAUACCACGAAAUAUAUAUACGAAAUAGAAA